GUGUGCAGAUGUGUCGCAGAUUUUGUAAAGUCACUGGACGCUCGGGAAGAUACAUCACUCGUAAAGACGCUCUGGAUACACGGGGCCCUUAACUUUUCAGGAAAACCACACAGCUGAGGGAGAAGCGGGAGGAAGAGGACAGAAGAGGAGCCCCGCUGUCACCAGCAGAAAGACAUUACUUUGACAGUUAAACAACACAGAGAUGGAGCUGUCCGCGAUUGGAGAGCAAGUGUUUGCUGUGGAAUCAGUCCUCAAGAAAAGAGUUAGAAAGGGGAAUGUGGAGUAUCUGUUGAAGUGGAAAGGAUGGCCUCCAAAGUACAGUACCUGGGAACCAGAGGAGCAUAUCCUGGACCAGCGCCUGGUUCAAGCCUAUGAAGAAAAAGAGCAGAGAGACAGAGCUCUGGGCCACAGGAGAAAAGGAUCCAAAACCAAAAGACUCCUUCUGCAGAGUACAGUCUACACGAUGGAUCUCCGCAGCGCUCACAAGACUCAAGAGGCACCGCCGCCUCGCCUUCGUCUCUCCCUCACACGCUCUCUGGUCCCCGAAGAUGAGGAUCCGUCGUUUGGUGUCUACAGGAAAGUCCCACAACCACAACUAGAACAUCUCAAAAGCAAACAUGGGAGACCACAACUCAAGUGCCUUGACUCAGAUCCUGCCAAACAAGAGGACUGGGCAGAAGAAGGAGAAGAAGAGGAGGAGGAGGAGGAGGAGGAGGAAGUGGACAAUGUAGAAGAUGAAGAUGACAUGGAGGUGGAGGUGGAGGAAGAGGAGGGGGAAAAAGAGGAGGCGACAGGAAAGAGCAAAAGCAUUUUAGAUGGAAGGAAGAGGACAGACAGCUGGAGCUCGGCUAUAGAACCAGACGAGCUCACAGCAUCAGAGAAGCCGGACAGAGACGACAUCUGGAGACCAAUCAUCGGGGCUGGGGAGGUGACGGUCACUGACGUCACCCUCAACUCCCUCACAGUGACUUUCCGAGAGUCGAGAGUGGCCAAAGGCUUCUUUAGAGACUUGGGCCUGGAGGUCUGAGAUGUGAGGAAGAGAGUAGGGCGGUGAGGAAGAGCUGUUGAGGGUCAGGGUUGGGAUCUCACUCUGCUCUUCCUCUUACCAGCUACUUCCAGCCUGGUCAGUGGUGUUUACAUGCACAGAGUCACCGGGAUACAAGCUGAACGCCAGGUAAAGUUUUAGAUAUCUGUAACUGUUUGUGAAUUCUAUUAGUGGAUGAGAACAUGAAAAAAAAAAAAAACAGGUAGGGAAAAAACUAACACAAAAAAUUAGGUAACGUUCACAAGAUUGAAUAAUCUAAAUCAACUAAGAUUUAACCAAAAUAUCUGGAAAAGAUGUAACGUUUUUUCAGCUCAGUGAAAAAGAGGAUGUUGGCGAGGUGAUGGAAGUGCAAUAACUACAAAAAUAUGGUCUGCAUACGGCUGCUCGAGAAAACUGGAUUUCAGGUAAAAAUCAAUUCUAAACGACCAUGCUACCUGAGGGCUACUGUUGGAAUCUGUGUGUGCCGCUGCCCGUCUCAGCGUGCCAUACGCAUAUUUUAUCAUACGCAGAGCCCGCUUCAAGCAUGCGUCGAGCGGAACAUAGCGGAUCGACCUAGACAGGAAGUCCAGCAACGAUACGCAUAUAGCAUCCUGUCAAUUUCAAAAUAAAACACAAUGUACGGACUCCAAAUUACAUCACUGAAUCAACAAUGUGUCAAAACAGGCACCAAAUCAACCCUGGAAAGGCAAAGUAACCUGUUUUUUGUACGUUGUUCUGAUCUUGUAGUUCUGUAAUCUUGUAAACACACCGAUUCAGCUCAUGUUAAAAAAAUCUAUUUUAAAGCAGAAUUCCUUAUUCAUACAAACUGCUCUGCUGGUGACAACUCAUGUGAUUUGAUUUUGCAAAAGCUAAGAUGUAGGCAUACAUUUGCAUAAUUGGGGGCGUGGCUUACUUUACUACCUGGGUGUCUUGGCUGUUUAAUGGGAGGUUUAAGGCCCGCCUUUACUCCACCUCUUUGCCUGUUUCGAGUACGAUGGAAAUUUAGGGAGCCACUUUCCAGUAUGGCUACUGCCAUCAUAUGGCUUCAAAACAUCUCUUCAGAAACCAACAGGUGACGUAACUGAGAAGUGCGUCCAUGUUUUAAACAGUCUGUGUAUGACUGCCACCUAUGGAUCAUUGUUACACGAUGCAGCCAGCAGCAGAGUAGUUCAUGACGAUGUCCAAUAAUGAAAGCAAUAAUCAAUGACCCCAUGGGGGUCAAAAACUCUGCAUGGGAGCUGUGAAAAAGAUUAGAGUAAGACACCCCAAUUUUUAGAUCCUCUCAAACCUAGUAAAUAGAAAAUAGAAUCGCCUGUCAUCAUAAACAUGUAGUGGCGAAAAUCAAAAUGAAAAAGCUACCUACAACUGCUCUUCAGUAAACUUUCUUUUAAUGAGGGUAAAUAAUACUUACAGAAUUCUUCCAUCCAGUAACUUGAGUGAUUGUGUGAAGAAGAAGAGGAGCUCUCUGUGCAUGUAAACCGGUCCAUUGUUUGUGUCUCUCUUCCACACUCGGUCAAACAUUCAGUACUGGACUCAUUGUACAGUAGAGUCAAAUACAGUGAGUUGUGUGUAGCCGUCAGUCCCAUACCAGCACACAGUGCUGUACCUGUAACCUGUGAACUUAUAGACUGUUACGGCUGUAUGUGUGACUAAGUCUUGUAUGCGUUUCAAAACUCACUGAGCGAAGAUUUGAUCUGCCUGCUUGCCUUUCUCUCACAGUGCAGUAUAAUCAAUGCAAAGACACACAGUGUAGUUUUCUGCCUCCACCGGGCUCUCCAUCUCCAAAUAUAUACAACAAACCACACACACAAGUGAUGAGGACGUACUGAACCAGAGGAGACCUGGUAACAGAAUGUAGAAGGGAAUAGCACUGUAUUAAGUAACGUUUGUGUAGUUAGUCCAGCAGGGUAAAUCACAUUUUUAAAACAACUAAUACGUUGAUUUCUUACUAUAAACAAAGUCACACAUAUCAGCUAUCCUGAUGCUGCAGUCCCAUGAAGAUGCUCAGUAGGAAACUUAACCCACACAUGUCCGAUACAAAGGAUUGCAUUUAAAAGAUUUAUUGUUUCAGAGUCAAACCACAACUCAUGCCAAGGUGUAAACCACAUGGAGCUAAAAAGAAAGAUGUAGUAUAGUAUAGUAGUCUUUGCCUUGGUUAAUAUGAAGCUGAAGUCUCGUCUUAGUGCACAGAACUUGUAGAGUGAAGAUGAAUUGUCUGCUAAGACUUGAGAAGGAACAACAUUUAAAACUCAAGAUUUUGUAUCUAGUUGUCCUGAUGAAGGUUCAUUCUGGACCACGGAGAAGGCAGCUGACCAAACAAUUUUAUAUCACAUUUUUAUUGGCUGAUUAUAUCAUGUGAUCUGAGUUUGCUCCGAUGUCUGAAAGUUCAGUUUUACUCUUGAACUCGGAAACAGAAAUUAACAACUCAAACAAACUCGCCUCAAAGUCGGUUACAAGUAAAAGAAUUGAAAGAGAAGAACUAUUUUCAAGAUUUAAAGGACAAACAUUCAAAUCAAUCUCAAUAUAGUAAAUCAAAUAUUCUGGAUAAUAACAAGCUCUGAAUUGUAACCGUCUCUGCGUCAAAGGUAGAAAAGAAUCUAAAUGCAUCCAUGAUACUUAGAGUUAUUGAACUGUCUUUAAGAAUAAUAUAUUUUGUGGUUAACAAAAUAAAACUGUUUAACAGAUCAGGCAAUCAAUCAAGUCAUUAGACAAUAAAGUAAUAUUCAAUUAAUUUACCAUAAAUAUUAAUAAAUGAUAUGGAACUCAUGGAUUAAGAGUAAAAGCUUUCUCCACGGCUUUAUCUAACUGUGGUCUGGGAUAAAUGCUGGAAAAGACCACAUUCUAAGAAAUGAAAAAACCCAAAUCUGAACCCUGUCAAUAUGUUUGACCCUGCUGGCUCAGGAUCUGAUGUGAUGUGUCACAUCUGUGGAAUCUCCUACAGAGGCGUCCCAUUGGUCAGAAGGAUGUUUAUCCUGCACUGAUGGUUAAUGAGUCAGCAUCUUGUGAUCUCUAAACUGUCUCUGUGUGACAAUGAAGCCGCAGGGAAUGGAAGUGCCUGAUGUUGCAGUAGUUUUUGUGGUUGUUAAGUCUGUAGGGCUUGUUCUAUCCUUUACACACACAAACACACAAACACACACUCAUAAAGAGACACACACGAUUUGGACUUUGUAUGAAUGCACGAUCCUCGCCCAAUGCUACAAAGACUCAAAAUGUGAGGAGACUUUAAGGGGAGGACGUUUAAGGGUACAGGAGGGAGCAACGUAUUUUUGAAGUCAUUAUUUUUCUACAUUAACAUGAAUGUAUAUUUAUUCUUUGAAUGAACCUGUACAUGCUGAUGAUUGACAGAAUAGUUUUAUACAGUUUGUGAUAACCUCUGAGCUGAUGCCAUAUGUAAAUGUACGUAAGUAAAUCAAGCACCUUGAUAUGACUCUGUGGCCUAUGUGGUAGCUUGUGCUGAUUCUGUCCUCCACUGAGUGAAGAACUUUGCACUUUAUUGUGAUGUAAACCUGCGCCUGUCUAUGAAGUCUCAUUGUGGAUAGAAUAUUUCUAUGAUAAUACUACAAUAAAUGUUUCUCAUGGUUCAUAUUCUUUUUCAAA